CGAACGACCGACGUCGUCUCAGUGCGGACCGCAAUCAGCCCGUCCCGGACGUGUCGUCUUGGAUUUUCUCGUAACGUCGCGCGCGCGCUAAUAUAUACAUAGGUACCGCCGAUACGACGACGUGCGAUUGCUGCUGUUACGAUUACACCUCUCAAUAUAAUGUAUAUUAUUACGCAACACGCGCACAUAAUAAUAUUAAUAUAAUAUAAUAGUUAAAAUAAUACGCACCGUCGUACGUUUACGCGAUUGCUCCGCGUCACCGCCACCGCCGGUAUAAUAGGUAAUAGCAUUAUCAUAAUUAUAUACGUUGAUAAUAAUUAUUACGGCGCGCCAUGAAGAUUUCUAGUGACAAAACGAGACGUUUUCUAUUCGUCCGACUCUGAUCUUUCGUCCACGUGUUUGUGUACCCUACGCGCGCGUACAGGGUGUAACUUACGUUCAACAAAAUUGUAAUAUUAUACGUCACUCGUGUGCACUAUUCUAUAGUAUUAUACCGGUUGUAUAGACCGUUCGGCAGUGCCACCGUCGCGUGUGUUCAGUUUUUAUUGUCGUCGUCGGUGCCAGUGUCGCAGGUGUUUGUCGUCGGAUAAUAUAUUUUUAUAAGCUUCGUACGCGAUGCGCUGCCGCAGCUAACAUCUGACGCGCGCGCUCACGUACGCUGGAUUUUUCACACACGCACAUCAUGUUGCCGUACCAGGCGAUGGCCAUGGACUACGCGUCCGCGUCGUUCCAGCGACAUCCGGCCGCCGCCAACGUGGGACAUCAUCACCACGCGGCUGGUGGACCCGGCGGCGGUGGCCCAGGAUCGGCCGCCGCCGCGUUCAGCCCGUCGUGGUUCGUGCCGGCUGACUUGUGCAUGCCAUUCGCCAAACAAAAUCAGCCGCUCGUCGAACCCGGAAUACUCGAGUUGAGAAAAGAAAAAAGUCGAGACGCAGCUAGGUCAAGACGGGGCAAAGAGAACUACGAGUUCUACGAGCUGGCCAAAAUGCUUCCGCUACCAGCAGCAAUUACGUCGCAGUUGGACAAAGCGUCCAUCAUACGGUUGACAAUAUCGUACCUGAAACUGAGGGACUUCUCAGGCCACGGCGACCCACCGUGGACUAGGGAUGGCCCACAAUCCGCAUCCAAAAAUUUAAAAGGAACCUCAGCUCGAAACAGAUCUCCUAGUACCGUAGCCUUGGAAUUGUUUGAACAGCACCAAGGCACACAUAUACUUCAAUCGUUAGACGGUUUUGCAUUUGCAUUAGCUUCCGACGGACGAUUUUUAUACAUAUCAGAAACCGUGUCCAUCUACCUAGGUCUUUCUCAAGUAGAGAUGACCGGUAGUAGUGUCUUCGACUACAUUCACCAAGCUGAUCAUUCUGAGUUGGCCGAACAGUUAGGCCUAGGACUGACUCAAGGCCAGGGGAUGGCAUCACCGUCACCCAGUAGUGCUGGCUCCGAAGAAGGAAGUUCUAAUGUAGGCACGGCCAAUCCCGACGUUUCGUCAGUGAUGUCUCUAUCCAGCACAAAUGCAUAUAAAGGCUUAGACAGAGCGUUUUGCAUUAGAAUGAAGUCGACGCUGACUAAACGUGGUUGCCAUUUCAAAUCCUCCGGAUAUAGGGUGGUGCUGUUGAUUUGCAGACUGAGGCCACAGUACACGUUUUCGCACAAUCGGAAAUGUGCACCACCGCUUUUGGGCGCAGUGUCUUUGGCUAUCGCUCUACCCCCACCCAGCGUACAUGAAAUCCGACUGGAAACCGACAUGUUCGUUACUAGACUAUACUUCGACUUCCGAAUAGCUCAUUGCGAACCAAGGGUGGCGGAAAUACUAGAUUAUACGGCCGACGAACUGACUGGUAUGAACAUGUAUACCCUGUGUCACGGCGAGGACGUGGGGAAACUCCGAAAAUGUCACCUUGACCUGAUUAACAAAGGACAAAUGAUGACGCACUACUAUAGAGUGAUGAAUAAAAAUGGUGGUUACACUUGGAUGCAGACGUGCGGUACGGUCGUCUGUAACUCGAAAAACGCCGAAGAACAGAACAUCAUUUGCGUCAACUACGUAGUUAGUGCCAGAGAAUUCGACAAUUUGAUAAUGGAUUGUUGCCAAAUGGAAGAGCACAUUAGACAAAGGGUGGUGAAAAGAGAAGAAACCGGAGGCAACGACCCUGAGAAUGGUUCACCCGAUGGCGGUGGUGGUGAUGGACGAGGAGGAAAUCCUAGAAGAGAUCACCUGACACCGGCCGACUUAGACGAUGGUCAUUCGGCGGACGGACAGGGCGAUCCGACGAGAGGCAGAAAUCAUGUGGACAUAACCCAAUUGAAUAACGCACCAUCCGAACGAUUACAAUUGAACAACAACAACAACAACAACAACAACAACAACAAUAACAACAAUAGUAUAGGAAUACAACCUAAGAAGUCGGGCAACGAAAAACGGAAAGCGCACAAAAGGAAAAUCGCCGACCGGGACGAGGCGGCUGCGGCGGCGGCAGCGGACAGCUGCUGUAGCAGUUCAGAAGAGGACGUGUUGGUGAACAGGAAACAGCACUUCGCCAGCCUGAGCCCCGCCUCGUCGUCGUGUCAAUCCACGUUGCCACCCAGUCCACCGAAGACGAACGGCGGCGGUGACAAGAGGCCGGCCACAAGCGAUCCGAACGCCGUGAAAGAGCUCGAGCACGCCAUGUCCAAGCACCUGCCGCCGGCCACAGAAAAGACGUCCGCGUCAUCGGCAGCGACGGCAGCGCACCAACCGACCGACUUUAGCACGGAUGCGCUGCUCAAGCAACAACAACAGAAGAGUACGAUCCAGUGGAUCGGAGCGCACCACUUGGGACAUCACCACCACCUUCAUCACCAGCAGCAGCAACAACAGCAGCAGCAGAACGGCGGCUUACACCUACAGCAACAGCAUCACCAUCACCCUGCCGGGCCACCUCACCACCAUCACCUACAUCACCACCAACAGCAACAGCAGCACCACCACCACCACCACCAGGGCGCGUCGCAGCACGGCCAACAGCCGUCCGGCGGUGCACCGGGUACCACGCUGCCCGCUUCAGCGUUGCUCCGGCAGAUAUACGCCAACCGCGAGUCGGUAAUCCGCGCCAACGUGCACGCUCCCCGUUCACCCGGUGCCAAUUCUGUCUCGUAUUACGCGGGCGAAAUGAGCACGUUGCCGACGCCGCCGGGCAGCGAGGGUGGUUAUUCGGAACAGCAACAGUUCGGACCGCAGAAAAAUGAAUUUGGAAACGGCAGCGGCGCGUUGGCCGUACCACCACCGUACAGCUAUGCGGAUUACCAUACGGCAAUGACUCCGCCGUCGUCGGUGUCGCCGCGUGACAAACACCAGCACCAGCACCAGCAGCAGCACCAGCAACAGCAGCACCAGCACCAGCACCAGCAACAACACCAGUACGAUUUGUACGGACCACCGCCGCCGCCGACGUCCGCGGACGCGUUGCUGCAGUUACGGCAACAGCACUUGCACCAGCAGUACGGACAUCACGCGGAGGUGACGUCGUCCGCUGCGCCCGCGCUGCCGCUGAAACCGCAGCCGUACAACCCCGCACCGCCGCCGCCGCCGCCCGCCGUGCCACUCGAUCAUUACGACCAGACGUCCGCGGCCGCUGCAGCUGCGGCCGCAGCGUUUUAUCACUCGGCCGCCGGCUUCCAUCUUUACCACCCAUCCAAGUCGACGAUGGCUACUGGUCCGCCGCUGCCGCCUCCGCCGCCGUCGUCCGUGUACGCCGCCGACCCGCUUAAGAACCACCACAACUGGUACUCCACACCCACUUAAUGGGGUGCUCAGUCGAAUUAGAUUUACAAUAACGAUGACAACAAUAUCGUGUGUACAUUUCACCCCUUACGCCAUCAUCCCCGCGAAAGCAUAAUAUUAUAAUACGUAAAUAUUGUGGAGGAGUUAAUUUUUAAGCGCGACGCUCGCUCGUAUUUCCUCGGACAUAUCUUAUUUUUCAAAGUAACCAAACAAAGCUGCUGGUAUAAUAUUUUUUUUUUUAUUAUGCGGCACAGCGAUUUGUUAGUUGGCGGGUACCUAAAAAUUUGCACUAUUUUCUCUUGAUAUUUUUGAUAUUAUUCCUUUUUUUUUUU